UCCCAUCUCUCAGCGUCGUAGCCAGUCAUGGAAGCAAAGCUCCUUCAUCAGAGCCUGAGCCCUUUUAUGCCGACCCGCCAUCACCCUCGAUGUCGACGCACUAACAAGCCUCUACGUUCUCCAGUUCUCGCCGUCCUGACAAGACCCACCAAGAAAAUAGUGGAAAUCGCGGAGAAGACAACGACGACUACAAGGCCAGAAGAAGAUGCCAUUGUUACGAAGUAUGAAGACAACUGGUUCGAUCUUAUGGCCACUAAUCAUCUCUCUCGGAGCGUUCAAGCCGCUAUAGGUAUUAGGAACAAAAAGAGCGGGUAUGAGGGCUUGGUAGAGGCUGCCUCGGCCGCGUACCGGAGCUUCAAUCCAACAGAGCAGCGCGAUCUCGUCAUCUCAGCUCUUGAUAGAGCCUUCCCGAAGCCAAUCUUGAAUAUGAUGCCGUGA